AGGAAGACUUUGUGGCCAAAGAAGACCAUCUUACGGACGAAUGAGCCGGCCUGUCAGCCCGGCCGGUCGCAGUUGUCGAACUUCUUCCGAAAGGUUCUGUCGAGAGGCAUCGGACGCCCCAAAAUGCAGCUGGCGUACAAGGUCCUUCCGUUGGUGUUGGUGUGCAUUUGCGCUGGCCAUUGUGCACUGUCCGCUGCCACGACCGAACCCAUCGACGAACGCCUGGAACGUGCCAAACGAUGGCUCAACUAUCCCAUCAACGGUGGGUUGGCAAAGGUUGUGCUCGGUUUUAUUGUGCCCAUUCGCUUUCACCAUCCUCUGCCACGGGUCAUCGUGAACACGUACAAUCUGCAGGCCAACUACCGUAUUCCGGCCACCAUCAUCUACCCACACCCCGAAUCGGUGUUUCAAAACCGGGCCCUGGACCCGGCAGCAGCCCGUGCCGCGGCGCACAGCCCAGAAAUCGAUCAGAGCAGGCGACAGCUUUUCGCUCUCCUCGAGCAGGGCUUGUCGCGGUGGGGUCGGGAUGGGCAGGAAUGUUUGUUGCGGGCCGUGUGCGAGGUUGCCGAAACACCGCUCAAACACAACGGAUUGAUUGGCGAAAUAAUCGAUGUGAUUUUCACCCCAGUACCAUCCGACUCACUGGACCCGGACUAUCUAUUGGCCCAAUCACACGGUCAGCAAGGACGUGACUGCACCGAACUGUACUCUUCCUGCCCGAACGGUCACGGUCUCUUUGACGAUUUUUCCCUGCUAGUAACACAACAACCACAAUCCUCACCGCAACAAUGAUUUCCACAUAUACACACACACAGUACCUCCCGACACAUAUGCCGAGAAUGGGAAAUGUCCCGCGAGUUCAGCACCAUAAAUUAUGCCUAUCAUUUGUCGCCGCCAGCUUGUGGGUCGCUAAUAUGUUAUGCUUCCCAAAACGCACACACACACGCACACAGAGUCACACAAACAUAGUAACAAAGGUGGUGAAAGUGUGCUAGCUAGACGGGGAAGGCCAAACUGAGGGACCAAAACUUUCAUCAACUUUAAAGCAAAACUUUCGACUCCGAACGCCCCGCGAACUGAAGUUGACCUUCGACCAACGUCCAACGUAAAGCCUAGCGUCAAGAGCGCUCUAAGUACAAAAGCGAACACAAAGCAUAAGGGUUACAAAUUGUACAAUGGAAAAGAAUCCGGAAGAAGAUUUUAUUAAUGAAAGUGUAAUAAAUU